AUGUUUUCUAUUGUCCAAGAGCUUAUGAAAACACGACGAGAAUUACGAGAAGUCAAGGAACAACUUCGUGCUCUACAAUUGAGUGAAACCAAAGCAUUGUCUAGUAAUGGAAAUAUUCCAAUAGAGGCGAUCAGUUUAUUUGUUCAAUAUAAUGGAUUUUUCAAUCAACUAUGUGACAUUCCUCAAACAAUGACUGUUGGAGAACUAUUGGCCAAACUUCGGCAAUUAACCGGAAUUCCAUUUGAUCGUCCAAUACAUAUUCGCGUACUUAGUGAAGAUGGUUUAACAACAGUAUUUGUACUUCAUAAAGAACUUAAUCGAACAUUACAAUCAUAUAAUGAUUUUUUAAAAGCUCGAAUGAUUUUAAGUAUUGAAGAUAAUGAUCAAGAAAAACAUUUAGAACGAUCUUCAAGUACAACUAGUAGUGAACGAACUUAUUCAUUUGAUGAAUCUGAUGUUUAA